AUGUCCGUCCCAGGCAACAUCAACACUGCACCCCCUCCAUCCUCCUUCGACGAAGAGACCGAGUUUUACGAGGAAUCAAGAUGGCAGAAACUCAAGAGGAGACUGGUAGAAGAGCCAUUGAUACCAUUGGGUUGCGCAUUGACAUGCUGGGCUCUAUAUGAAGCUACAAAAUCCAUCCGCUCAGGCGACAAACACCGCACAAACCGGAUGUUCCGCCGCCGAAUCUACGCCCAAGGCUUCACGACCCUCGCCAUGAUCGGCGGGUCCGUAUACUGGGAGGGCGACCGGGCGAAGCGCCGACAAUACGAUGCGCUCGUGGACGAGAAGCAAAAGAAGGAGAAGCACGAAGCGUGGAUCAAGGAGUUGGAGGUGCGGGAGCAGGAAGAGCAGGAGUUGAGGCAGCUCAGGGAUCGGUUGAUCAAGGGGAAAGUUGCGGAGAAGCAGAAGUUCGGGGAGGAGGACAGGAGGGCGUUGGAGGAUCAGGCGAAGAAGAAUGCGGGGCAGGAGAAGGGUGGGUUUGGGGAGGUGAGGAGUGCGUUGGAAGAGGGUGAGAGGAGAGGGAGGAUAUUUGAAGCGGCGAGGGAAUUGUGGCAGAGCAGGAGAUAA